AUGCCUUAGAAUUUCCUUUUAAUUAUUUUAAUAGAUAUUUCUUUGUUCUGAUGAUUUGCUGCUGAAUCUUAUGUUAGAAGAAAAAGAUAGUACUUAAGACUUUCUUGCUAGAGCUUUCCUUAAAUAGAGCACAUGCAUAAGAGAAGAAUCCACCAGUCCAAUAAUGCCGAAAGUUUGAGAGUUUUAGCAGAUAGAUGCCUGAAGCUACUUUCCGUACUAUUAUUCGUCAACUUUAUUCUCUGUUUUCAUUCUUUAUAUUCUCCAUCUACUUCCUCUUUGUGGCAUCGGUCUCUUUGCGCUCAAGCAAGAUGAUACAAAUCAAAUAUACUACAAUUAUUUGUUUUCUUCUUUUCUUUAGCCAUUACUGUGCUCCCCAGAAGACCUGUCCAAACUGUGGCUCCAUAGAAGUUCCAUAUCCUCUGAGCACUAAUCCCAAUUGUGGUGACCCAAACUAUCAUCUUCGCUGCAAUUCUCAUUCUCAGAAACUUUAUUUAGAUGGCGCGAACAGAAGUUCUUACCUUGUACUUAGAAUCAUGGCGUCAUAUGAGCGCAUAGUUGUUCAACCAUCACCAUGGGUGUCUGGUACAUGUGUUACACAAGACAUGUUGGUGAGUGGGGGUCUCUGGUUGAACCAGACACUCCCUUUUAAUGUCACUUCAUCCAACACAAUUUUUCUCUUUAACUGUUCACCUAGGCUCUUUCUCUCUCCUCUUAAUUGCACUUCUUCUAGUCUUUGUCACAGUUACUUGGAAAGCUCCGGAAAUGUCGAUAAAAAUCGAUCACUUCAAUGUGCAAGCAGUGUUGACCCCUGCUGCACGUUUGUCGCAGGUGGAAUGCCCUCAGCGUAUAAAAUUAGGCUUCACAGUUCAGGUUGUAAAGCAUUUAGAAGCAUUAUUAAUUUGGAUCCUGAAAAGCCGGUUAGUCAAUGGGAAGAGGGACUGGAGAUUCAAUGGUCUUCUCCACCGGAACCAAUUUGUAAAACACAGCUUGAUUGUUUGGGAGCAUCCAAGUGCUUGCCUUCUGGCGCAAACAGUCCUUUACGCUGCUUUUGCAAUACGGGCUAUCUCUGGGAUCAUGCUCGCGGAAGCUGCAGGAAAAAGAAACAUAACAGGAAAGCUAGCAUCAGUCUUAAGGUCUCGAUAUCAGUUGCAUCUUUUGUCUCUCUUGCUGCAAUCAUCAUAGUAAUUGUGCGCAGGUCCUCCGCAAAUGCUGCAAAGGGAUCAAAGCUUGCGAAAGCCAGAGAAGACAUGUUAAAAUCAAGCAACGGUGGGAAAACUGCAAGGAUGUUCCAGCUGAAAGAGGUGAAGAAAGCAACAAACAGUUUCUCCAAGGAUAGAUUUUUAGGGAGUGGUGGUUUUGGAGAAGUAUACAAAGGUGUUCUUCAAGAUGGAACAGUAGUGGCUAUAAAGUUAGCUAAAGUGGGUAAUGUUAAAAGUACCCAACAAGUCCUUAAUGAAGUUGGAAUACUUUCUCAAGUCAAUCACAAGAAUUUGGUUAAACUCUUGGGUUGUUGUGUAGAAGGUGAACAGCCUCUGAUGAUCUAUGACUACAUUUCUAACGGGACGCUCCAUGACCAUUUACACGGUAAGUAUUCUACGUUUCUGGACUGGAAAACACGGCUGAGAAUCGCUGCACAAACUGCUGAAGCAUUAGCUUAUUUGCAUUCUGGAGCAUACACACCCAUUUACCACAGAGACAUCAAGUCAACUAAUAUACUAUUGGAUGAUGACUUCAACGCAAAAGUUGCGGAUUUUGGUCUAUCCAGACUUGCUCUCCCAGGGCUGAGCCAUGUCUCGACCUGUGCACAAGGUACGUUGGGGUACUUAGAUCCCGAGUACUACCGUAACUACCAGUUAACUGAUAAGAGUGAUGUUUAUAGUUAUGGAGUUGUGUUGCUUGAGCUUAUGACUUCUCAGAAAGCCAUCGAUUUCUCAAGAAAUCAAGAUGAUGUCAAUCUAGCCAUUUACGCGAGCCAGAAAGCGACGAAUAUCAUAGAAGUCGUAGAUCAGCUGCUGCUCGAUAAGAAUUCCUCAGGUAACACACUAGCUAGUAUAGAACUCUUCGCGAAACUCGCCUUUGCUUGUCUGCGAGAGAGGAAGAUCGAUAGGCCUAGCAUGAAGGAUGUAGUUCAGCAAGUUGAAUGCAUAGUUCAAUUAGUAAAUCAGGAAAAAAGUAUUGAAUGAUGUUUAGUGAGUUGAUAGUAUAAGAUAUUGAUACCCUUUUGAGGUAAUUAACUGUUAAAGAUUUUGUAAA